AUGUCCCAGACCCUCACUAUCCUCAGACCCUCACUAUCCUUAUACCCUCACUAUCCUCAGACCCUCACCAUCCUCAGACCCUCACUAUCCUCAGACCCUCACUAUCCUCACGACCCUCGCCAUCCUCAGACCCUCACCCUCGACCCCCAUCCUCAGACCCUCACUAUCCUCAGACCCCCAUCCUCAGAACUCACUCAACCUCACUAUCCUCAGACCUCACUAUCCUCAGACCCUCACUAUCCUCAGACCCUCACUAUCCUCAGACCCUCACUAUCCUCAGACCCUCACUAUCCUCAGACCCUCACUAUCCUCAGACCUCCCCUCACUCACUAUCCUCAGACCCUCGCCAUCCUCAGACCCUCACUAUCCUCAGACCCUCGCCAUCCUCAGACCCUCACUAUCCUCAGACCCUCGCCAUCCUCAGAACCUCACUAUCCUCAGAACCUCACUAUCCUCAGACCCUCACUAUCCUCAGACCCUCACUAUCCUCAGACCCUCACUAUCCUCAGACCCUCACUAUCCUCAGACCCUCACUAUCCUCAGACCCUCUCUAUCCUCAGACCCUCGCCAUCCUCAGACCUUCACUAUCCUCAGACCCUCACUAUCCUCAGACCCUCACUAUCCUCAGACCCUCACUAUCCUCAGACCCUCGCUAUCCUCAGACCCUCGCUAUCCUCAGACCCUCGCUAUCCUCAGACCUUCACUAUCCUCAGACCCUCACUAUCCUCAGACCCUCACUAUCCUCAGACCCUCACUAUCCUCAGACCCUCACUAUCCUCAGACCCUCACUAUCCUCAGACCCUCACUAUCCUCAGACCCUCACUAUCCUCAGACCCUCCUGCAUCGGCAAAGGACCAAUCCUAA